GUGGCUCCAUUCGAUUCGGCUCACUUUGCACGGUGAAAACGUGAACGGUGUGAACAACGUACUCUAUUUGAAUAUCACGCUUCGACAUCCAGACAAUUUGAUCACACAGAUGCGAAUGCGUCUUGGAAGCAAGAAGCGCAGCCGUCGCUGCUGGUGUCACGCUUACCGUUCCGUCUGAGGGUACCGAUUCGGGAAUCAACCGCGGACCCCUAAGCCGGGAUAGGCUUAGCGGCACGCAGAAUGAUGUACUCGCCGGACAAGAUGAUGGGGAGCAAGGGACUCCACGGGGCACCGAUCACCGCCCCGGGAUGCUUUCCCUCAGGGAGAUACUCGCCGCCGCCUUAUCGUGCCGCGCCGGAUCCGAUGCCGCCGCCGCCGAGGCGAUGCAUGCCGAAUUCUACGAGUCGUAUAUUCGAAGACGCAUCCAUUGUGUGCAAUUCUUGGUCACCAAGGCAUAAUGGUGAUUUAUUCGGUGGCUUGAAUAGUGGUCUGCAAGAUGGCUUACUUUCAAGAGCGGAGGCUUUGGCAGCAGAUUUGGGAAAACACAACGCUGGGACACCGAUGCCGCUGAAGCAUGAUCCCGUAUCUGUGUACCAUCAUGGAGCACAUAUGCCUACCCCCCACCCGAAUAACCGGCCACAUCAUCAGGUACAAUCACACCUCCUUAUGAGCCAUCCAGGAAUGGAGAGUCUCGACAUGCUGGAUCCAGCAAAUUCGAUGACAACAUUGACACCAAUGUCCGAAAGCACGGGCGGUGGACCGGGGCAUCACGCGGGCAUUCACGGUCCCUCCGUAUACGGCGGCAUGAACGGUAUGAUGAGUCAUCAUCAUCAUCACAGUAACCUAGGCGGCGGUGGCGGCAGCGUGCCGCAUCCGGCGCAUCAUCAUCCGGCGAUGGCUGCAGCGGCCGCGGCUGCAGCCGCGGCGGGCCUACAUCCUGACGCAGAUACCGAUCCGCGCGAGUUGGAGGCCUUCGCCGAGCGAUUCAAACAACGGCGCAUUAAACUCGGCGUUACGCAAGCCGAUGUCGGCAAAGCGCUAGCCAAUCUGAAGCUACCGGGUGUUGGCGCUCUCUCGCAGUCGACGAUCUGUCGCUUCGAAUCGCUCACACUCUCGCACAACAACAUGAUCGCCCUGAAGCCGAUCCUCCAGGCGUGGCUGGAGGAGGCGGAGGCCCAGGCGAAGAAUAAGCGACGCGAUCCGGACGCACCUUCGGUAUUACCGGCCGGUGAAAAGAAACGGAAACGUACAAGCAUCGCCGCGCCAGAGAAACGCUCGUUAGAGGCGUAUUUCGCGGUACAACCGCGGCCGUCCGGUGAGAAGAUCGCGGCGAUCGCGGAAAAGCUCGACUUGAAGAAGAACGUCGUACGAGUCUGGUUCUGUAAUCAGCGGCAGAAGCAGAAGCGCAUGAAGUUCGCGGCUCAACAUUGACCCGAGGGUGGCUUGUGACAGCAAAACUGACCGUACCAGCUGCCUAGUCUCGAGCCCAAACCCGAACCUCUGACUGAGUUUCAGGGUUGGCCGUGAAGUGCCCAAAACUGUCAAGGUGGGCUUUCCCCGACUCCGCCGGUGGUCAUCACGGUGAGGAGAUUCCAAGCCAUUGUCGUCGAAUCAACGUCACCGGGAUACCUAUCUGCGGCAGUCUUUCGCGGUUGCUAAAAAACGAAUGGCUCGAUACUACGGGCAGACGAUACUAUCGGUACACGAAGCUGUCACAGGCUGAAGAGUCGCUUGUUAUCACUGCGCGUGUGUAAUAUGCUUUAAAACGCAUAUUCUGGAAUCACCGGUUGCAGGGAGCUAUUCUUGACCCGUUUCGGUUCGCGAUUCUCUCUCCUCUUCAGCUAACACGAUUAUCUCUCGUGACGUUAUACAAUCGAUGCAAUGAAAACGCUGGUGACGCGUUUACGAAUGUCUCACGAUGGAUAUUAUCGGUAUAAUAUAAAUUUAUAGCAGUAAAUAUAAAUUUAUAUCGCAAUCAGUCUGAUCCAUCAAAUUGAUAUCAUCGCCGCGUUUUCUUCA